ACACACUUUAGAUAAGGACAAUUAGUCACUAGCGAGACCCAGUAGGAAGAGAGGUUUAAAUCUGAGGAAUUGAAUGAGGGUGCUCUGUGCCUUCCCUGAAGCCAUGCCCUCCAGCAACUCCCGCCCCCCCGCGUGCCUAGCCCCGGGGGCUCUCUACUUGGCUCUGUUGCUCCAUCUCUCCCUUUCCUCCCAAGCUGGAGGCAGGAGACCCUUGCCUGUAGACAGAGCUCCAGGUUUGAAGGAAAAGACCCUGAUUCUACUUGAUGUGAGCACCAAGAACCCAGUCAGGACAGUCAAUGAGAACUUCCUCUCUCUGCAGCUGGAUCCGUCCAUCAUUCAUGAUGGCUGGCUCGAUUUCCUAAGCUCCAAGCGCUUGGUGACCUUGGCCCGGGGACUUUCUCCCGCCUUUCUGCGCUUCGGGGGCAAAAGGACCGACUUCCUGCAGUUCCAGAACCUGAGGAACCCGGCGAAAAGCCGCGGGGGCCCGGGCCCGGAUUACUAUCUCAAAAACUAUGAGGAUGACAUUGUUCGAAGUGAUGUUGCCUUAGAUAAACAGAAAGGCUGCAAGAUUGCCCAGCACCCUGAUGUUAUGCUGGAGCUCCAAAGGGAGAAGGCAGCUCAGAUGCAUCUGGUUCUUCUAAAGGAGCAAUUCUCCAAUACUUACAGUAAUCUCAUAUUAACAGGUAAGGCUAUUGGAGUUGGUUGA